UUCUUGUGGAAGUGUCAAUUUUUUUAGUCCAUUUUAACUUAACUUUACCUUUAAGGACAAAAUGCAUAGUAGUGGGGCUUCACUAGUAAGCUGCAAGGCCACUAUCAAUGAAGCUAGUCAAUUUCAGCAUCAACACAAUCUUUUUUUUUUCCAUCAAUAUAUAUCAUCUUAUGUGGAAAAGUUGAACAAUUUACUUUCAUUUCUACAAUGGGUGUCUUCUAUCAUGAGGAGCCACCAAACCAUUUCAAGAGAUGCAAAUGCCUUGCAGCUACUCUGAAGGAAGUAUUUUCUCACUGUCAAACUUUUGGUCGAAAGAUUUCAAAUGCAAAACUUGAAGAGGAGUUUCCAAUUAGUGAUCUUGAUGAAGAACAGGAAGUGAUUGUCUCAGCCGUUAGGAGUCGUGCCAUGCAGAAACAAAAGCACAAGCCAAGCCAAUUGAGGGAGAGUUUUUCCUGGGUAUAUAUUCCUGCAACAAAAGAAUUGUGUGUAACAGGGAAAAUGGAGCCACAAGCAAAGGAGGGAGGUGAUGAAGAACAAGGUGAAAGAGAAGAGUUUUUAUCAGUUAAAAGUUGUUUCUCAUGCUAUUCUUCUUCAAGUGCUAAUGGGGAACAAUUUUAUUCUGUGAAGACUAAUCUUUCAAGAUGUUCAAGCUUGAAUGAACUUGACUUGUCAGAAUAUUGGAGGCGUUCUAUAAUUCAUGAGUUUUGUCACUGUGAGGGAUGGCCUUUUGGUCUCUGUCGUAAAGCUGUGUUACUUCCACCACUGCCAAAGUCACCAUCUGAGUCAUGGUUGUAUCGAAAAAUACAAUCAAGUACGAAAGUUACUUGAAUUAUGUAGCUGUACUUAUUUUUGUUUCCUGUUCUGAUAAAAAUCAGAACUGUAAGAAUCCGAACUGGUUGAACAUUAUUGAAUAAGGACUAGCACAGGCUUUGAAAACAGACUAUUGUUAUUAUCUUGCAACAAACAAUCGAAAGUUGACUUGUUAUAAAAUA